UUUUUAACCAUGGGGUUCAAUUUUACGUGGCAGUAAAAAGGUAAAAUUGUAAACAACAAGACUCACGCCUUAAUCAAAGGCCAUUUCUGUUGCUAUUAAAUUGCUGAUUUUAUUUCUAUCUAUCCUCUCUAUCUCCACCCUCAUUUUCCGACAUGUUUUCCGGCAACCGCUCGCCGGCGAAUAACAAAUCUCCACUAACCUCUCCACUUCUCACUCUUUAAACUUUUUUGAAAUAAUACAUUAUCUCUUUAAAUACAUUUCUUUCAAAAAUGAAAAACUCAUUUAUACAAAUAUGAAAAAUGAGUUAUUUUUUACUUGGCUAGCUUCUUAAAUUCUUGCGUAUAAUUUCUGGGUUUGUUUUGUUUCUUAAAAAUGACAAGAUUAGGUGUGUGUUUGUACUUUUUUCUUAUAAUUUAAAGAUUUGGUGAUGACACAAUAUGAAGCAAGCUGAUUAUUUUAAUUAUCAAGAGAAGGUUUUUUUAUAUUUUCAAGGCAGUUUUUAAUUAAUUAACAUUAGGAAUCUCCAUACUUUUCUGGUACAAGGGAUCAAGUGGUUAAGUGGGUUUGGAGAAUUGGAGGCAAAAAGUGAAAAAAAGAUGUUAAAAAUGUGUAAGCAAGAGAAGAAUGUGAAGGAAUGGCAAGUGAAAGUGAAGGUGUUGGGAGAUGGGAAAGUUGAAAAGUUAAAGAAUUCAGUGGUUUCAUUGUCACCUUCAUCAUCAAGGUCUCAUAGUUCAAUGAAGCUUUGGAUUUUAAGGGCAAUUACCACUGCUUGUUUAUGGACCUGUGUUGUUCAAUUGAUGGCAUUAGGUGAGAUUUGGGGUCCUAGAUUGUUGAAAGGCUGGCCUUCUUGUUUUAGUCAUCCUGAUCAAAUUGCUCAGUUAUCUUCUCUUCCUGCUAAAGUUGUUCAUCCUCCUAAGAGGGUUUAUAAGAAUAAUGGCUAUCUUAUGGUUUCCUGCAAUGGAGGACUCAACCAAAUGCGAGCAGCAAUAUGUGACAUGGUUGUUAUUGCAAGACAUCUAAAUGUAACUCUUGUUGUCCCAGAAUUGGAUAGAACCUCAUUUUGGAAUGAUCCGAGUGAGUUCCAAGACAUAUUUGAUGUUGAUCAUUUCAUCACUUCCUUGAGAGACGAGGUUCGUAUUUUGAAAGAGUUACCGCCUAGGAUCAAAAGACGGGUUGAAUUGGGGAUGUUCCACUCGUUGCCACCGAUUAGUUGGUCGAACAUAUCUUAUUACCUCCAUCAGAUUCUACCUUUGGUGAAGAAGUACAAAAUCGUACAUUUGAAUAAAACAGAUGCUCGUCUUGCUAACAACGGACUACCUCUUGCGAUUCAAAAGUUACGCUGUCGCGUAAAUUUUAAUGCUCUGAGGUUUACGCCACAGAUAGAAGAAUUAGGCCGAAGAGUUGUGAGAAUUUUGAGGGAGAAAGGUCCCUUCCUGGUCCUUCAUCUGAGAUAUGAAAUGGAUAUGUUGGCUUUCUCAGGUUGCACUCAAGGUUGUAACUAUGAGGAGGUCGAGGAACUGACAAGAAUGAGGUAUGCAUACCCCUGGUGGAAGGAAAAAGUUAUAAAUUCCGAUAUGAAAAGGAAAGAAGGGUUGUGUCCUUUGACACCUGAGGAAACUGCUCUGAUAUUAAGCGCAUUAGGCGUUGAUCACAAUGUUCAAAUAUACAUUGCUUCUGGAGAAAUAUACGGUGGACGAAGAAGAAUGGAGACUUUGGUAGCAACUUUCCCUAACGUGGUUAGGAAAGAAACUCUGCUGGAAUCAUCGGAUUUGAAGUUUUUCCAGAAUCACUCGUCUCAAAUGGCAGCAUUGGAUUAUCUCGUCUCCCUGGAGGGCGACGUAUUUGUUCCUACAUAUGAUGGAAAUAUGGCUAAAGUCGUUGAAGGCCAUCGCAGGUUCUUAGGAUUUAAGAAGACUAUUUCUCUAGACAGAAAGCUUCUAGUUGGUCUAAUAGAUCAAUACAACAAAGGAUCAUUGAGCUGGGAUGAGUUAUCUACUAUUGUUAAAGAAACUCAUGCGGAUCGAAUGGGGAGUCCGAAAAGUCGAGCUGUCAUGUCAGAUAAACCGAAGGAAGAGGAUUAUUUCUAUGCCAAUCCACAUGAGUGCUUGCAAUUGUUAGAUGAGCCAUUGAGUAAUACAUGAUCUGAGUCAUGCCAAAGACAUGGCCAUCUUUAGUUGUGCAUAUAAGUAUUUAUCAAAGAAAAUUACUGCAUAAAUGCUUAAUACAGAGGCUUUUGAUUCCGUUUACGGAAUCAAGUUGGAAGGAGGGAGCCUCAGUCUGGCAUUUCCUCACGAGCAUUUUCAGAAUAUUUAUAAUAACUCAUUUUUGAAUAACCUGAAUUUGUAUAGAGUGGAAGAACAAGCCAUUGUUGAGGGCUAAUAUUUAGUUAGCUGAAUUUGAAAGGACAGUGAAAAAUGUUGGAGACAUGGAACUUUGGGAUGUGGAAGCAUUUUCCACACUUCUCUCUUGUAAUGAUUUAUUUCAAAAAUUCAAGAGAAACUACAGUCCUCUCUACUUC